AAGCGUUUCUCCGAGCGGCUUCCGGUGGCGGCGGGUGGGUCGGUUCGGGCCAUGGAAGGGCCGGGCCCGGGUUCGGGGUCUGUGGGGCGGCUGCUGACGGAGGACGAGAUGGCCGAAGUGAAGAAGGACGCUUUAGAAAGGAUGCGUCCUUACCUCUGUGAUAAAAUCAUAGCUGAGAGACACUUCGAUUACCUGCGCUCAAAGAAAAUACUCACUAGAGAGGACACAGAAGAAAUUUCUUCUCGAUCUUCCAGCAGGAAAAAAACUGGGAAGCUAUUGGACUACUUGGCAGAAAACCCGAAGGGACUGGAUGCUUUGGUUGAAUCCAUCAGACGGGAGAGAACACAAAAUUUCCUCUUACAAAAGAUAACUGACGUAGUGCUGAAAGUCAAAAACGAGAAACUGGAAGCUCUCAAAGGUCUGAGCUGCAGCGCCUGCAUGACCUCACUGUAUGUGGGAAUGAACGAUCUUUCCAGAUCGUAUUCUGAUGAAUCGAAUUUUUUUGACAAAACCAAAGACACACAACCUACACAGAUACACCACCCAGAAGAGGAUUAUAGCACCGCCCCCUUUGUGUCCGCUGUCUCUCUCCAUUCCAUGAAUUUCCCAAUUGCAGAGAUGGGAAAUGCUGAGAGUGCUGUUUUCUCAGGCACCCUCCCAGGUCCGGGAGACCCCGGCGCACCCCCUCUGCCCCCAGAGCUCCAGUCUGAGCAGCAGGAACCAUGUUCGAGUUCGAGUGACAAUUGCUUUUUGCCUUUAAGGUCACGUUCUCUUCAACUACAGUGAACACAGGGACUCAUAUCUGUUCAUCCAACUGGUACUGAAACGUCGUGCGAUGUCUUAUAAAGGUUAAAACCAAUGUUUUCAAAGUGCUAGCCAGCAAAAUCGGAGGAAACAAUCUGUGCUAUUUACUGUUUUUAAGGAGCGGGUCUUUUUGUAAUCGAAUGACUCUGGACCUGCUUGAUUUUAUCUUCUUUAGGGAGCAUUUUUUCACAUGAUCGUGGUAUUAAACCAGCAGAGGUUUAGAUUUUAUACUAUAUUUAAGAUUUCACAUUUAGGAACAGGUACUUAAGUUGCGAUUAUGGAACAAGUAGUUUCUAUAGGAAGAAAAAACUAACAAAUCUUUUUCUUAAUGUUUCUGUUAUGAGUGAAUUAGGAAAGAUGGAGAGGAAAAGGAUUGAGCAUUGAAAACUGACUUCCUGAACUAAAAGCUUAAGCUCACCAAAUUGAGCAGUUCUCUACAGGAUAAAUUCUACUUUCUGUAUUUGUGCUCCAUUUGCAUAAGGAAAGAGAAUCUAUCCCAAACUGUUGCUAUGCUUUUUUUUUUUUGCCAGAAGUGGCCUUACUGUCUGAACUUUGUUCUGUGUCCUACCAGGAAAUCAAAAGGCACUUGGUGUGAUGGUGAUUUGAGCUAGCAAAUAGACUUCCACAAGUCUUAGCAUAUUAUUCUUGUAUUAGCUCUUAUUUAGUUAUUAUGUAGUUAGAAAUUUCCAAUUUGAGAUGCACUUUAAAUGUAAAGUCUCGUUAGUGCUGGAAACAGAAUGUAAACUGCUGUAAUGGCAUCACGUGGGCUGUAAGAAAAUGUUCUUGCGUGAUGCUAUUAAGGAGCAAAGUUUGCCUGUGUGGUCCCAGAAGAUAAGCAGAGGAGGAGUCCUGUGGCAAGGAGGUAUCUGGAACUGAAGGGCUCUUGGCAGUGUUGCACUCAGAACUCUUCAAAGCGGACAGGUUUACAUUUCAAAUCGUCUAGAGUCAAAUGCAUUUAAACUAUUUCAGCAUGGGAAGGUUCUCAUUUCAUGACACAACAUAAUGUGCGAUAUCCCGCUCAUACUUUCAGUUGUAAUCUACUUUUUUUAAUGAAAUUGGCCUAUAAUCCUUUUAAAAUCAACAGGCAAAGACAAACUCUUACUUGGGAAUGUGCUCUACACUGGAAAGCGAUGGGAUGCUUUUAGUAUAUCAAAGGGUAGGUUUGUAUUUAUGGUUUUCGAUUAUUUGGGCUCUCAUACAGCACUAUAACUGCAAUUCCAUUCAAAUCCAAACCCAGGUUAGCACCCCUAUGCUGCAUUCUCUGUUUGUGGAGGCAGCCCAUCUGUGGGACCUCAAUAUCAUCUCUAUUUUUUGUUUUUGUAAUGUUUACUCUGGUUUUGGUAGGAGGUUAGAAUAAAUGGUGAUGUUCCCCUGCAUGCCGUAAUGAACAGCUUACAGUCAACGGAGAUGUGGGCUUCUGUUUAGUGGUUGUAAAGAUCCUUGGUUUUCUUAGUCUGUGACCUUAGAUGUAGAUGUCAGGCCAGUGAAAAUGGUUUUCAACAAAACCACUUAGUUCAGAAGCUGCUCUGGAAGUCACGUGCCUAAAUCUGCAAGCAAAAUUGUGCUCUCUAACAUGAAAUUAAGGGUAGGCUUAAACUCUCUCUUCCAUUAACUUGAACGGUAGUUGCACAUAGUCUAAUGUCUCAAACUUGAUGUCUAAGUGCCCACUUAAAGAGCUGUGCUCAGGUUUGGAUUCUUGUAAAUGGGGGAGAGCGAGGAAGCGUGGCGUUAACUGGAAAACAGCAUCAGCUCAGGGCAAAGGCAGUCUUGCAGCUUGAAAUCCAAACACGCGAGGGAUGCUGCCUGCAGGAAACCUGCCUGUGCGGCACAGCCUGUUAACCUGAGACUUCAAAUGAAUGUAUUCUCUUACCAAAUGGUAAUAACAUGCCUUUUAUUUUUAAAUUUACAAUGUUUUUAUCACCUUUUGGAAUAAAUUCUUUUGUACGAUUGCCUCUCUUCCUGUCUGCCUCUCUUUAGUCAAUUGUAUGGGUUGGAAGAGAAGUUCAUGCCAAUGUGUGGGUUUGGUUUUGUGUGUGUGGGAGGCUUUUGUUCUUAUUCUCUUCUUAAAGAGAGAUUUGGGUGGUGGAAAGACUGAGUGCACGUGAAACACUUGUGCCUGCAGGACUGCAUU